GAUUAAUGGAGGGUAAGUCCAGAAUUUUCUUCGUGCUAUUCUUUCUGCUGCCAUUAAUAGCAAAACGAGCCUCUGCAACUCAACAUGUGGUUGGAGGUAGCCAAGGUUGGGAUGAAUCAGUGGACCUUAACACAUGGGCUUCGGGUCAAACAUUCAAGGUCGGAGACCAACUUGUUUUCAAGUACUCCUCAGGGCUGCACAGCGUAGUGGAGCUCGGGAGCGGGACAGCGUACAAAAACUGCGACCUGGGAACAUCAUUAGACACCAAAAACACAGGCAACGAUGUCGUGAAACUCAACAAGGUGGGCACUCGUUACUUCGCUUGUGGAACAUUGGGCCAUUGCGAGCAGGGCAUGAAGAUGAAGAUCACCACCGUCGCCGGCAAUGCUCCUUCCGAGCCAGCUUCCGCUGAUUCUGGUGCUUUUACGCCUCAUUCUUUCCCGUAUUUCUUAUGUUUUCUCCAUUAUUACUCACUAUGCUUUAUUUUCUGUUUUGAGAUAUUUUAUUUAAUUAUGUUGUUUUGGAGAUUUGGGAUUUUAAAUGUGAGCCAUUAUUGAAUAAUAUAUGUAAUU